AGGCAAAUACACGAAUUUUUUAUUCAAACCAAUACAAUUGUGUUUUGUGCAAAUAAUUAGCUGCCAUCAGCGGCUGAGUUACAGCUACUUGUUCUAACUGAUGUGCAACACCAGCCGCAGAAGAAUUAGCUCAAACUACAGCCGCAGCACCAGUAACACAGGCAUUCCAAUGCACUUUCUCUCCAUAGAGUAAAACCUGUCUUGCGGCUUUUUGUUGUUGUUGUUGUUGACAUCUAUUUCGAUAUCAAUAGAAAAAUACAGGCCAAAAUACGCGUUGCUCGUUGUCGCGUUUGACUUUGCGUUUGCGUCGUUAGCAGACUACUAAGCACCUGUGUGCCAGCCAUAACAAGAACAAAAUAAAAUAGAAGAAAAAAAAGCAAGCUUGCUGAUUGCCGUCUUCAUUGUCCAGUCACAUCUUGCCCGCUCUUGAGUGCGUUUCAGACAACUGGAGAGCCGCGCUUAAAGAAUUUGUAAUUUGCAUAAUAUUUUUUGCUAUAUGCAUAAGCUAAGCAUGUUUCGUUCCAUUGAGUCAUUUCGCCACGGAAUUUUGUGCUAAACGUCACAUCUAACCAUAUACAGAAGAGAUAUAUACAUAUAUUAGCAAGCAAAAUGUCUUCGAUUGAAGAGAAAGUGCGCAGCAUAUUGAAUGCCAAAGAUCUGGGUGAUAUAACACCAGAAUUAUGCGACUUCUCAUUAAAAGAACAAAAUGCCACGGCCGAGGCACAGGGCGUGCAGCCAUCGGCAACGAGUGACUUUGUGCCGAAAGUCGGGCAGACGAUUAACUAUAUAGUGGCCUGUGUCAUGUUCAAUGAGCACGACGAGCUGCUGAUGAUCGAGGAGGCCAAGCCCAGUUGCGCAGGUAAAUGGUAUUUGCCCGCCGGUCGCAUGGAAAAGGGCGAGUCCAUUACGGAAGCAGCUGCGCGUGAACUCUUCGAGGAGACUGGCCUCAAUGCGGAGAUGACAACAUUGCUGGCCGUGGAAUCGGCGGGUGGCUCCUGGUUUCGCUUUGUGCUGACGGGUCGCAUUACCGGCGGCCGUCUAAAAACACCAGCCGAUGCGGAUGCAGAGUCCAUACAGGCGCUGUGGCUGCGCAGUGUAAAGGAGGUGCCGUUGCGGGCCAACGAUAUACUCAACAUCAUUGAAAUUGGGCGUGCCUAUCAUCAGCACCAGAAGCUGGCAAAGUCAGCUGAGGGCGUGGCCAAGCAGCCGCUGUGGCAUGCAAAUGUGCUGCCCACGCGCUAUCCGCACAAGCGCAACUAUAUGCGAGUGCUGGCCGUGGCGCGCAAGCGUGCCAGUAACUCGAUGAACAUACUCAUCAGCGAGAAGAAUGCGCAUCAUUUUCCGACUGUGGAGAUGCAUCCCAAUCGCAGCCUGCAUUCGACGUUGCGCAAGUUUAUGAUCGAAAUAUUUGGCGCCGAGCUGCCACAGCAUCGUCCGCAUGGUCUGCUCAGCGUGGAGCAUGGCACCAACAGCGAGGAAGGCAGCGAUGGCCUUUGCCUGAAUCUCUUGGUGGCCUUCAGGCCGCCGCUCGAGGAAAUUUCGCUGAUUGGCAAAUGCAUUUGGCAAGAGCUUAGCUCGCCGCUGGACGAGACGCUGGCCCGCAUACUCAGCAGCAAGAAUGCCUCCAUACCACUCAACGUGAUACGUUAGCUGACUAUCAACUAAUUACUAGCCGUAACUCUCUUUCAAAUGGUGCAAGCUUAUAUUUUAUGCCCUAGUAUUUAAAUAUACCAAUUGCCACUUGAUUAUAAAAUUGUUGCAUGUAAUCUUUUA